AUGGAGGACGACGGCACCACCAUCAACGGCACCAUGAUCGAUGGUCCGGAACAGGACAACAGUGGCGACCCUCCUGGGCCCGACACCCGGGCGGAGGACAUGUCGGACGACGACUUCGACACUGAGAUUGCCGAUGGCAUCAAGGCAGACGUCAGGAUGUUCUCGGGGUGCCAGGACCAGCAGACCUCGGCGGAUGUCCACGACGUUACCAAGUUCGGCGUGCCCAAAUCUGACGGCGGCGCCGGGGGUGCCUGCACCAACGCGCUCCUCGUCAACGUGAAAGACGAUGAACCCGACUCCUGGAUGAGCCUCUUGAAGGGCAUGCGCACCACCCUCAGCACCAAGAAGUUCAAGCAGAUUCCGCAGAUGGCAACCUCCAAGAAGCUCGACAUCCAUUCGCCCUUCUCCUUGGCUGGGGGCGAGGGAGGGAAGCACCGAGCCCUCCUCAUCGGCAUCAACUACGUCGGGGAUAAGUCGGCAGAGCUCAAGGGCUGCCACAACGACGUCGCCCAGAUGAAGGACUACAUCGUGGAGCACGGUUAUUCCGGUGAAGGCGAAGACCUGAAGAUCGUGAUGGAUGACGGGGAGCAUACCGCCCCUACCAGGGCUAACAUCAUCGAAGCCAUCGAGUGGUUCGUCGAGGGUGCCGCGCCGGGUGACUCUCUCUUCAUGCAUUACUCCGGACACGGCGGGUCUGUGGAGGAUAACGACAACAACGAGAAGGACAAGAGGGAUGAGACCAUGAUCCCCGUCGACUACCGCGUGUCCGGGCACAUCAAGGAUGAUGAACUCCUCGCCGAGUUGGUCUUACCCCUGCCGGAGGGCGUCGUCCUGUCCGUGGUUAUGGAUUGCUGCCACAGCGGCUCCAUCCUUGACCUGCCCUACACCUUCGACGCCGACGAGGGGGCCCUUCAGCUGGUGGACGACGGCGGCUCUGCGGUCGUGCACAAGAAGGCCAAGUUCAACAUGUCUAAGAUGAAGAAAGCUCAGAAGGCGAAGCUUGGGAGCCCCUACAUGAAAGCCAUUCGAGCAAAGGCCGCCGCCGCUGCAGCAGCGAAAGCAGCCGCAGCGGAAGCCGCCGCAGCGGAAACCGCCGCAACGGAAGCCGCCAGCGAAGACCAGGACCAGGACCAGGACCAGGACCAGGACCAGGACAAGGACCAGAACCAGGACCAGGAGGAAAGUCCGCAGCCUUCCGGCAGCGGCACGGCCUUCAAGGUGGAUUCCAAGGUUGCGGUAGAGGCCGCAAAAGCGAAGGAGUUGGCCGCAGCCAAAGCCGCCAGCCAGAACCAGGAUCAGGACCAGGGCCAGGAGCAAGAGCGAAAGCAGCCUGCCAACGGCAGCACGGGCGGUGCUACGAAGGAUCAACCGCCCUCCGAGGACGUAGCGCCCAGUGCCACUGUGGCCCCAAAGUUCCAGCUGAGCAUCGAGACUGAGGUCGUGAAGGCCAUGGAAUCAGGUGGCUACGUAACGCCCGAUCCGGUGGCAUUCAAAAGCUUCACGUCGUGCGAAGCCGCCAUGGAAGAAGACGGCAAGGACGACUGCGACCUAUCCGUCUUCGUAGUCACGCCAUCGAGCGUUGACGAAGAGAGCGGCCACGAACACGCUGCGGGCAUCAGCAUGCUGUGGGUGGACUCUGAGUCUUCUACUGGUUACAGCAUUAAGCACUUGACCAAGGGAGAUGCCCGUUUCGAUGGCAAGCGUGCUGUGUACAUCGAAGCCACCAAGGGUGAAGGCGAAGAGCCGUUCCUUGUGGCGGUGUUCGCUCCGGAAGACUUCAAGCCGGCAAGCGUGGGCGGCAACACUCGCGUCGCCCCUGAGAGCGCGGAGUUCGUCGUGUGGGUGUGCGACAAGCUUGCUCACUCCAGGGACGAAACCCUCAACUGGACAGCGUGCGGGUCUUUCGUCGGCACCAAGGUGAAGAGGACAUCCGCCACGACGUCUGCCACCGGCGAGCGCCUGGUCAUCGUGGGGGCCUUGGACGAACACAACGAGGGUCGGGUGUUCUACGGCACCUCCCUCGGCAACGAGGAUCUGCAGAUGUCCACGUUCCCCAAGCCCCGCGCCAUGGCAGCCUCCAACCAACAGGUAUCCACCGUUCAAGCUUCCGCCCUCGAAAAGGACGGCGAGACUUUCGCGAUCGCUGUGGCCUUACCCGCGGCCAUCCCCAAGGAGACAGCCGCUGCCGGUGACAGCAGCGACACGUCGGACGACGAGACCGAGAUCCGGCCCUCCAUGCUCUACGCGCAGUCCCUGAACGACCCAGGAUUCUACGCCGGCAGAAUCGAGAUCCCCGGCGACACCCGCUGCUUCAUGACUACCCCUGCCUACGGACUCAAGACAGACGUGUACGUGGCCGGCAGCAAGAAGGCGAUGUGGUACGACGACAGGUCUUGGGACGGGAGCACCGAAAGCGCUGGCGUCUGUGUGAACGCGGUGGACUUCACUUCCCCUGCCAAGGAAAUGCGCACCAUGCUCGACAAGCAGUACAUCAGGCACGUCUUCAUCCUGCUGGAGAACGGCAAGCUGCUGUACACGUCGCAAGACCCCGAGGAGGGCAGCAAAUUCGAUGAGCCUAUCGAUAUCCUGCCCAACGUUGAGGCGUUCAGCUGCCACAUAGACUCCAUCGGAAACGUCCACGUCAACAACAUCAACAAGAACGGGAACCUAAUGCACCACAUGAUGGACCAAGGCACGGGCCUGUGGAUGCAGAAAGAAGUCAUGGUGUCUGGGAGGGACGCUAGGGAGCACCUCCUAUCGGUUGUCGACCUCAAGGUGACGUCCCUCAAGAAAACAGCCGGCAAGAAGACUGCGAAAGACCUCAUGGAUGAUGCGGAAGCCGACCUUCCCACCAUAUCCCUCUCGUGCGGAUCGGGGGCGAUGUUCCGCAUCAACGGCAAGGGGCAUCUCAUGCACAAGGAUAAGAUCGUGAACGUGCAGCCGAACAUGAAUGGCUCGGUGAGAAUCGGCCAGUUCGUGGACUCCUUCAGCGUGCCUCACGUGGCGAUCCGCAUGGAAGGCUUGGACAGGCCUCUGGAGAUCAUGUGCGGCAACAUCCUGACCAAAAAGCUGGAGAAAAUGGAUGCAUCUGCCUUGAAGGACGCCAAGUCCCGCGAUGCCAUGGGAGACGACGCCGAGAGCUUAAUCGACGACCCCGAUGAUGGCGACUUGAACGACUUUGUCGACGCGGUUGCUCAGCUUGCGAAGGGGUUCGAAGUCCUGUCUCCGACCGAAUUUCCGAAGAAAAACGAUGUGGACGGCAUCUUCCGCCUGACCGGCGGGGCUUUCAACGACAAGAACAAGUUUGUCGCUUUCGUUGACGAGGGUCCCGCUUUCGAGGAGGAGGAAGUCGACGAUGGCCCUCCGUCUCCAGGCUACGAAUCCACCACCAGACAGAUCGGAGGUGGCGUCGAGUCCAUCGGUGGCGAACUGAAAGAGAUGGCUUCCCCGCAGAGGCCCACCUCGGUCUUCCGAGGCGAUUCCGCGUUACGUGGGCGCGGACCGGUAGUCAGGCGUUUCACCAAGCACCGUUGCGCUCCUGACCCGUUCGGCAUGGGACACAUUGGCGUCGAGCGUGUGCGUCGCGUCGAGUGCCGGAACAUGGGAAACCUCGCCAAGAAGGCCAGAGAAAACGCUGACGAGGCCAUUUACGAGACGAAAAAGCACGCGGCCGAGUCACUCAAGUCCAAGCUGAGCAACGCGGAGCGCGCUCAAGAGCAGGCCACGGAGUACGCUGCCGAGGCCACGAAGUGGGCUGGGGAGGCAAAGCAGGCGGCGGAAGCGGUUCGUUGGACGCAAGCCGCAGUCGAAGCGGCGGAGGCGGCGGUCAAAGCAUCCGAGGAGGUGGAGAUGAAAGCUUCACAAGACAUCGGAGAGAUGAAAGCUGCACAAGCUUUUGGGGCGAGGAAAGCUUCGCAAGAUUCACAGGUGGACAUUAUUCUUGGAGUGGAAGGUCCGGAAGAGGAAGCGGCGAGGGCGAUGGAAGCAGCAGCACGAGCGGUAGAAGCGGCCGGAGUUGCGCAACAGAAAUCGGAGCAAGCCAAGGCCAUCGAGCGGUUGCAAGGCUCGGACGGUCAACUGGUCGACGCCGGUGAUUUCGAAGCUGGCGGAUUCUUGUCGGCCGAGUACUCCAGAGGCCGCUUCUUUGGCCCCGUGGCGAAGAAGCUGUGGCUAGCGGCAGAGGCCAAGCGGGCGGGAGCACGCCCUGGGCGUGACUCGUCAUACCUGCCAGUACGUGCGAGGCACGGACAGUCGCCGGCUUGGCCUGGCCGCUCGCCGGGUUAUCCUGGCCGCUCGCCGGCUAUUGGUGUCCGUUACAGGCGGACGGCUGCUAGCACCCCAGCCGCACACUCUGAUGUGGUCGAAGCCGUAGAAGCUGCAGGACAGGCUGUGGAAGCUGCGGCCCAAGCGAUGGAGAGAGCGGAACAAGCGAAAGAAGCCCUGGGUGAGGACACGGGAGAGCCAGAGCGCAAAGGAGAUGACCCUGACGACAAUAACCCCCGGGAGUACGGGUCGGCGGAGCCCUCCAACAAGGGUUUCUUUGAUUCCAUCGCCAACGAACUUCGGGAGUUGGCAGACGAAGCAAAGCGGGAGGCUGAGAAAGAAGCUGCGCAAGCUGGGCACGGGCCACCCGGGCACACAAGCAGUGGACUGUUUGGCUCUGAGGCCAUGGAGGGUGAGACAACAACAAGGCGCCCGAUCAUCAACAGUACCGCUGAGUGCCUGACGGAGCCGAGGUGGGAGGAAGCAAGGAAGAAAGCUGAGAGAACGGCCUUGGAGGCCGCCCGGCUUGUGAAGGCAGCCCAAACGGCGGCCUUUGAACUCAAAGCAGUCGAGGAGGCGGAGGCCGCAGAAGCUCUAGACUCCGAAGAAGACGAAGGGGAGGAUGACAUCGACGGCGAUGACGGUGCCUACGGAUCGACAGAACAUACCAGCAGAGGUAUUGGCGGCUGGGUCAAGAAAACAACCAAGAAGGCCAAGUCCGGGGUCCAGAGUGCGGCCAACAAGACGAAGAAGGCGGCCCAGACGGCCGCCCGAAAAGCCGAGGAGGCAGCUAAACAGGCGAAGCGGGAGGCGGAGAGAAUUGCCAAGGACGCAGCGCGCAAAGCUGAAGCAGCAGCCCUUCAAGCCAAGAGGGAAGCGGAGAAGGCUGCAAAGGCCGUGGCUCAAGCCGCCGAACAAACAAAGAAGGCAGGAGGGCUUGUAGCAAACGAGGUAGCAGACAAGGCGAAGAUAGCGGCGGAUGUGGCGAAGCAGGCCGCGGAGGGUGCCGGGAAGCUGGCGGAAGACGCCGGGAACGAGGUGGGAGAUGUGGCGGGUGACAUCAAGGACGGAGUCCAGGAUGCGGCCGGCACCGUGAAGGACGGCAUCGUUAACGCGGCCGACAAGGUCAAGGAUGUUGCCAAGGAUACCGUCGAGGUCGUGGGUGAUGUGACGAUGAAGGUGGUCGAGGUGGUGGAAGAGGUGGUCGUUGAGGUGUGGGAACACACUCCAGAGGGGCUGAAGAAGGUGGCCAGGAAAGUGUCGAAAGUUGUCAAGAAGGGGGUGGAUUUUGUGGUGAAGAUCGGCAAGGUGGUGUAUCACUUCGUGGAAACCAAGCUCGAGCAGCUCAUUAAGGCACUCGACUGGCUGUGGGACAAAAUCAAGACGGGUAUCAUGAAGGCCAUCGAAUGGCUCGCCAAUUUCUUCAAGUACAAGGAGAUUUUGAAGACCGCCGAGAUAUUGGAAGCCCAGGUGUUGGCUGGGAUGGACGAGUUCAUCAAAUCAAUUCCCACACAGGGAGACAUCAAGGAAUACUUCAACGAAAUCCGCCAAAUGCUGCAGAAGAAGACCGGCCUUGACCUCGAUGCCCAAGACAUGAGCAAGGAGGACACGGCGCAGGACGACCGCGAGAUCGAUCCCAAGGAAAACUUCGUUCAACACCACGCCGAGUCCGGCACCUUCCACGAGUCAGCGGGCCCCGCGGAUGAAGAAGAGGAUUCUUCGGACGACAGCGAUGACGACGACUCCGGCAAGGACAGCAUGGCGGACAAGCUCCAGUACCUGUACGGAAAGUUCAAAGAGGGCCUGAACGCGUUUAUGUCCGCGCUCGCCGAAGGUUUCCUCGAUGUUCUGGAGGCCAGCACCAAGGCAAUGAUGGACCCCCUGAAGAACGCAGCGAACGCGGUCCGUGCCUGGCUCGCCGAUGGAGGCACGCAAUACAUCCCGGUCAUCAGCGAGAUCUACAAGCUCAUCACGGGGCGCAAACUCAAGCUUGCGAAAGCGUUGUUCUUCAUGCUUGCCAUCCCCGUAACAUACGCCUCCAAGGCACUUCUAGGGAAAUGGCCAUCGGAGCUGGGCUUGAUAGACCCAGCGAUGGACACCAACAGUAGCACUAUGGCGAUCGUUGAAGAGGACGUCCAAUCUUCUGGCACAGGUGCUCCAGCGCAUCUGACGAGGAGCCUUCCUGGCGAUAACAGCAGCAGCGAGUUCGUCUACACAUCGAGGUCGGGGGAAAAGGAAUCAGACAAGGGCAGCGAGACGAAAAAGAAAGUAUGGUGGGCCCUGCUGAAGGUUGCCUCCAUCGUCAUGUCUGGCAUCGUAAUACCUUUCCAAGGUGAUGGGAAGUUCGCCCAACUCAUUGGUUUCGAUGCUGUCAAGCGGCAACGUUGCUCAUCGUCAAGCAUCUUGCGGCCAAUAGCAACGGCGUACAAGACAACAUGGCUAGAACGUACUUCAUGCAGUUUCUCAAGAGUGCUCUAUGGGCAACGCCCCGUUGUCCCGCGGAGAUGCAAACAUCGAAAAUACAGCCCGUUCUUCUUCUGGGUGAGAGUGGAAAUGCCGCUGAGUAACAGGAUGCAUGUUUGUGCUAAUCAUCUCACUGCGGUGUUGGGGUGCGUUCAUUGUCUGCUGUUUCGAAUUGCAGCGGUGGUGGACGUCAGCAAGGUUCCAGGACAGAGACGCUUCCCCAGGGGCCACAGGGUAUUCAAGAUAAUUUCUUUGGCCAAAGUAAUCCAGAAGCUCCUGGACCGCGGAGCGAGCAUGGUCUACGUUGGCGAUUACUUCGACAAGACAAAAAACCGGGAGAACAAGAAGAAAACUGUCCUGAAGAAGGGCGACAAGGGGCUCUUCUGGUUUACCUUCGCACUCGAGGUGGGCGGCACCGUCGCCGACGCCGCUUUGGGGUUCUCCGAACAAGGGCACCCUCACGCAGGCGGUCUGGAGCACAAUACUCCGCAGGGAGGGCUCACGCCGGUAAUUGUUUACGAUGCAUGCGAAGGUAUCGCUGAGAUCGCGAAGGGGGCAAGGUUGAUGUGGCUUGCAAUCGAGUUUGGCGAGGGCGGCUUCCAGCAAGGAACGAUGGUGUUUCAAGGUGUUCACGGGGUUUUCAAGGGAGCCUCUCAACUGGCCAAGGCGUAUUCAAAGUUUCUGAAGGUCCCGCCUAACAAGCCCGAAUACAAGAUUAUGGUCAUACUUUUUGCAGCCCAUAUGAAGUACAGGACGAACGUCUGGCCCCUCGGAAUAGCAUCGGUGGCGGUGCAGCUAAUAGGUGCUGACAAGGCUGACACGGAAGACCAAGAGCAGACAAACGACGCGUACUGGACUGCUUGCCAUGCGUACCUGUGA